UCAGGGAAGCCCUGACACAGGUGUGACACCGUCCACAGGUAACGGUAUAAUGGCCGUCGUCUCUGACUCAAUGUCAGCAGUCUGAGACUGACAAUUAGUGAAGAUUUGGACACGUCGGGGGUAUAAGAUGGGGUGUAACCGUCACACACACCAACUUCUAUAAGUCUCUGUUGUACUACACAUCAACAUUUAUACCUGAUCAACACCUGAACAUGGAUAUGUGCAGCUCCCAGUUACCUUUGGUGGACAAUGAGGUCCUGAAUCUGUCUGACUUUGGUUAUGACAAUGAAUGCUGUUCCUCCGGUUAUGACUCGGCGACUGAACAAUCGGGCUCUGACAGGGAGCUGGAUACAUCCAACUCAGACAACAGGUCAUCUACUGCUGAACCGGAAGAGAUGAAAUACAGAAGCACGCAAGAACUCUGUAACACCCUCCAAUACAUCAUCUCACUUCCGCACCUCUGUGACGUCAAGUUUCUCGUCGGAGAAAAACGAGUUCCGGUUUACGGAAUGAAGGCAGUUCUGGCCACAAGAAGUCGAAUCUUCUACAGCCUUAUUCUUGAAGCUCAGCGACAGUCUCCAAUGUCAAAGAAGUCGAAAAAGGAGAACAAACAGAACCCAUCCGCAAGCAACCACAUUGUCAUCGAAAUAAACAAGUAUAAGCUCGAGGAUUUCCGGGAGAUCGUGACCUUUGUGCACUGUGGGAAAGUCAACAUUAACGCUUCAAACGUCACCGGACUUUAUUGUGGAGCCACUGAGUUUAGUCUUUCUGACCUGAAGAUAGCUUGUCGAGACUUUACAACCAAGUCAAUUAGGAAAGGCCACACGUCAGCAAUCUUGAAAUCAGCGAAAUUCUACCUCGGUUUCCAUGGUGCUGCAACCAAGUUUGUGGAGAAGAUUCACGGAUAUCAAAAGUCCGUCAAAGGCUGAAACAGAAUAAAGCUCCGCCCAAGAGCUUUUUAUACAGUUGAAGAUGGAGAUCCGUGAAUCAUCAAAUGAAUCCUGAUGGACAUCAUCACA